AUGCUGUUUGAUGUACCUGACUCCGGGGGGGCGCCCCCACCCCACAAACGAAAAGGCUUCCUUGUGGAGGCUCACCCAGCCAAUGCCUGCAGCCCCAUUGCCCCACCGCCCCCAGCCCCGGUCAACGGGUCAGUCUUUAUUGCACUGCUACGAAGAUUCGACUGCAACUUUGACCUCAAGGUCCUCAAUGCUCAGAAGGCGGGGUACGGUGCAGCUGUGGUGCACAACGUGAACUCCAACGAGCUUCUGAACAUGGUGUGGAACAGCGAGGAAAUCCAGCAGCAGAUCUGGAUCCCGUCUGUGUUUAUCGGGGAGACGAGCUCCGAGUACCUGCGCACCCUCUUCGUCUACGAGAAGGGGGCUCGGGUGCUGCUGGUCCCAGACAACAGCUUCCCUUUGGGCUACUACCUCAUCCCUUUUACAGGGAUCGUGGGGCUGCUGGUUUUGGCCAUGGGAGCAGUGAUGAUAGUCCGUUGUGUCCAGCACCGGAAACGGCUCCAGCGGAAUCGACUGACCAAAGAGCAGCUGAAACAGAUUCCCACGCAUGACUAUCAGAAGGGAGACCAGUAUGACGUCUGUGCCAUCUGCCUGGACGAGUAUGAGGACGGGGACAGGCUGAGGGUGCUCCCCUGUGCUCAUGCCUACCACAGCCGCUGCGUGGACCCCUGGCUCACCCAGACCCGGAAGACCUGCCCCAUCUGCAAGCAGCCUGUCCAUCGGGGUCCUGGGGACGAGGAACAGGAGGACGAAACUCAGGGGCCAGAGGGUGAUGAAGAAGGGGAGCCAGGGGACCAACCUGUCUCAGAACGGACCCCGCUUCUGGGCUCCAGCCCCACACCUCCCACCUCCUUCGGCUCCCUGGCUCCAACCCCUCUGGCCUUCCCUGGAUCUCCAGCAGACCCCCCGCCCGCUCCCUCCUCUUCAGCUGCCGUGCUGGUCUAACCAUCCCCUUGCCCACGCCCACCCCCCCCCACAGACCUAUUUGCACAGCCCCAGGUUUCUCCCUCGCCCAACCCCAUCCUU